AUGACUCUUGCGCGGUCAAAUGCAUUUAUCUACUCAGACCUGGACUGGACACUCCGCCAGCAGUUCGGAAAGGCUGCAUUCAGGCCACAGCAAAAGGAAAUAAUACAAGCCGCUCUGGGUGGGAAAGAUGUCUUCGUCCAGGCGAGCACCUCAUACGGCAAAUCGCUGUGCUACCAGCUUCCUGCCGUAGUCGAUCAAGGCAUAACCAUCGUGGUAUCACCUCUCUUAAGUCUAAUGAUGAACCAAGUGGAAGCUCUGCGAACUGCCGGUAUCAACGCCAGCUCGCUGAACAGCACCACACCAUUGGGAGAGAAGGAUAGGAUCUACAAGGACCUGCAGACCGGCCACCCGCGCAUACGCCUGCUCUACGUUACGCCAGAGCUUUGCGCACAGCCCCGGUUCCGAGAUCGACUGACCGUGGUCUACGAACAGCGAGAACUUGCACGCAUCGCUAUUGACGAGGCCCAUUGUAUCUCGGAAUGGGGCCACGAUUUCCGCAAAGACUUCAAGCGGUUAUCCUGGUUCCGCGAGUCGUUUCCCGACGUCCCCAUCAUGUGUCUCACAGCCACAGCCAACGCUCAAGUGCGUCGGGAUGUGCUGGCUUCUCUGGGGCUGGAUGGAGACUCGGAUCGCAUGAAGAUUUUCACCAUGACCGCACACCGUCCAAAUCUCCACUUCGAGAUUCGUUUCACACAAGACGAGGACGACCGGCGUCUUGACCACUUCCUAAAGUGGAUAAGGGGCGUCUUCGAAAGACGUGCAGCUCAACCACGAAAAGCAGAACUCAACGGCGAGCGUAUUGACAAUGUCCCUGGUAUCAUCUACACCAUCUCGCGCGACGAAUGCGAGAGCCUCGCCUCCCAGCUGCGGUCCGAAGGCGUCGGCGCACAACCCUUCCACGCCAAGCUGCCGAAGGAAAUCAAAGAACAAACGCUGGCCAAAUGGGUGUCGAACCAGCCGGGGUACGAUAUCAUUGUGGCCACGACGGCCUUCGGUAUGGGCAUCGACAAGCUCAACGUGCGGUUCGUGUGCCACUGGCGACUGCCCAAGUCGUUCGAGGGCUACUACCAAGAGGCCGGGCGGGCGGGGCGCGACGGCAACGCGGCCUCCUGCUUCCUAUACUACAGCCGCGAGGACCGUGACCGGGUCUCCAGCAUGGUGAUGCGCGACCGGAACCUGCCCGGGUCCAACUUCGAGGCGCGGGCUAAGAGCCUGCAGGCCCUCGUCGAGUACUGUGAGAGCACCAAUGCGUGCCGCCACCGUAUGAUCACACGGUACUUUGGCGAAAGGGACACGCCCGUGUGCGACUAUGCGUGUGACUGGCACAAGGAUGCGGCCGACCUGCAGAAACGGUUCUUACGGGGGCUGGCGAGCGAGGAGUUCGUAAGUACGCAGAGGGAUGAAGGGCUGUACGAGGUUUAUUGGGAGGAUUGA